UGGAGCCGUUUAAUAGAACACAAGCGGAGAAAAUGUAAUCUUCUGAUCUAGGUGAUUUUCGUGCUAAGUUGGAAAACUUUAGGCAAAUCUAUACUAUUUUGCCUUUAAAAAUUUUACAAUUGAAUUGCACUUACAAUCUCAAAACCCAUCCUUUUAUGUUAUUUUCCAGUCGGUUGCAUUUUAUGGAAACAAAACUUGCUUGCGUUUCUGAACUGAAGUGAACAGAACAGAACGGAUGCGAUCCCCGUUGCGUCUGCUACACAGCACCACUGUCACCGGCAUCCUCUCGUCCCCCACCACCAGAAUAAGAACCUACGCUCCACCGCCUCCCCGCCCCCCGACUACCCAUCGCAAUGGCCCCCCUCCCACACCCACCCACAACCAUUUGUUUACCGACUCGGACAUUGUCAAAUGCAAUAUUGCCAUCACCAAUCACAUGCGCAAUGCCCGGUGCGACUCCGCGCUGCGCUUGUUUAACUCCAUGCCUCGCAGGACUUCCAUCUCCUACAAUGCUAUGAUCUCCGGCUAUCUAGCCAAUGGCAGAUUUCAGCUGGCCCACCAGCUGUUUGAUGAAAUGCCUCAAAAGGACUUGGUCAGUUGGAAUGUCAUGAUCAGCGGCCACAUCAAGAACAAGGACCUUGGAGCCGCCAGGCGCUUGUUCGAUGAAAUGCCUGUCAGGGACGUUGUUUCUUGGAACGCCAUGUUGUCCGGGUAUGCACAGAAUGGAUUCGUGGAUGAGGCCCGGAUACUGUUUGAUGAGAUGCCGCACAAGAACGAGAUAUCUUGGAAUGGUAUUCUGGCCGCCUACGUGCAGAAUGGGAAGCUUGAGCAGGCAAGAAGGUUGUUUGAGAGCAAGCAGCAAUGGACGGUGGUGUCUUGGAACUGUUUGAUGGGUGGGUACCUGAAGAAGAAGAGGCUGGUGGAGGCCAGGCAGAUUUUUGACCACAUGCCCGUGAAGGAUGAGGUAUCUUGGAACACUUUGAUCUCCUGCUAUGCUCAAAAUGGAAGGAUGGAAGAAGCAAGAAAGCUGUUUGAGGAUUCCCCUAGUCGGGAUGUGUUUACCUGGACUGCAAUGGUGUCUGGUUACAUACAAAAUGGGCAGCUGGAUGAGGCUAGGAGGGCUUUUGAUGAGAUGCCGGAGAAGAACGUUAUCUCUUGGAAUGCAAUGAUUUCAGGAUAUGUGCAGAGCAAGAACAUAGGAUUAGCUGGAGAGCUGUUUGAAGCAAUGCCUCGUAGAAAUACUAGUUCUUGGAACACAAUGAUUACUGGUUAUGCGCAAAAUGGAGAUAUUGUCCGUGCUAGAAAUUUAUUUGAUCAGAUGCCUCACCGAGAUUGUAUCUCAUGGGCGGCAAUCAUAUCUGGCUAUUCUCAGAGCGGUGAUAGCCUGGGGGCAUUUCAAAUGUUCAUUGAAAUGAAGAGGGAUGGGGAGAGAUUAAACAGAUCGGCCUUCACUUGCAUUUUGAGUACUUGCGCCGAUGUUGCUGCUUUUGAACUUGGCAAGCAGAUACAUGGAUGUGUUAUCAAAGCAGGAUAUGAGUUCGGCUGCUAUGUGGGCAAUGCACUUCUUGCCAUGUAUUGCAGGUGUGGAAGCAUCGAUGAGGCAUACCAAGUGUUUGAUGGAGUAGAUGAUAAGGAUGUGGUAUCAUGGAACACAAUCAUUAUCGGUUAUGCAAGACAUGGUUUUGGCAAAGAAGCUCUCCGAAUUUUUGAGUCCAUGAAGCGGACCUGUAUUCAGCCUGAUGAUGUUACCAUGGUUGGUGUCCUCUCUGCGUGCAGUCACACCGGCUUGGUAGGAAGAGGCCAACAUUACUUUGAGUCCAUGAGCCAAGACUACGGAAUAGUGCCAAAUUCGAAGCACUACACUUGCAUGAUCGAUCUCCUGGGUCGAGCUGGGCGUCUGGAUGAUGCUGAGAAGCUGAUGAGACGCAUGCCUUUUGAAGCGGAUGCAGCCACUUGGGGGGCGCUUCUUGGUGCCAGCAGGAUCCACGGAGACACCGCACUGGGAGAAAAGGCAGCAGAGAGAAUCUUUGCAAUGGAGCCUUGGAACUCGGGGAUGUAUGUUCUCCUGUCAAACCUGUAUGCGGCGUCGGGGAGAUGGGGGGAUGUCAACAAGAUGCGCCUCAAGAUGAGGAACACGGGGGUUGACAAGGCGCGUGGCUACAGCUGGGUCGAAGUUGAAAACAAGAUCCACACAUUCUCGGUGGGGGACUCCAACCACGCAGAGGUUGGGAGAAUACAUGCGUUCCUGGAAGGACUAGACCUGCGGAUGAGACGGGAUGGAUAUGUGGCGGCCACCAAGCUGGUGCUGCAUGACGUGGAGGAGGAGGAGAAGCAGCACAUGCUGAAGCAUCACAGCGAGAAGCUGGCUGUGGCGUACGGGAUGAUGAAGACGCCGGCAGGGAGGCCUGUGCGUGUCUUCAAGAACCUCCGGGUGUGCGAGGACUGCCACACCGCAAUCAAGCACAUGGCCAGGAUGGAGGGGAGGCUCAUAAUCCUGCGGGAUCCCAAUCGUUUCCACCACUUCCAGGGGGGCGCCUGUAACUGCGGGGACUACUGGUGAAGUGGGUGAUGAUGCCAUGCCACCCAUAUUGCCAUUUGCCAUUUGUCAUUUGC